AUAAGAGCACAAAGCAUUAUAAUUCCGCCGGGCUCCUCCUCCUUCCAGCCAUGCGUCCUAAUUAAUGGGACACCCCCAGUCGCAAAAAGCCCCGCACUGGACUGCAACAUAGUCAAAGAGUGAAAGGGAAGAGGGCGAAAGUGCCACUGGAGAUAAUUGAUUACCUACCAAUCAAUGAUAACUUGUUAGUAAUCGUCAACUCUUUGGACCUCGCCAUUUUCAGGGAGGCAUCUCACUCCUGCGGACUUGCUGCUCCCGAGGAUCGACACUUUGAAGACAUCCCAUUUUGGAAUAAGAUUUUUUUUUCUUCCUUCUCUCCUCCUUGUCUUGUUUUUUUUUUUUAUACCCCUCCUGUUAUGUGACUUUUUUUUUCUCCCCUCGAAAAGCCUCGCUUGUUUAACCGCUGAAUAUUUCAACGAAGUCCUGCAUAAACUCUGCGCACAAACCAAUGAUGACAUCCAAAGAAGUGGCCAAAUGUGAUGCAGUGGAAAACAGGAGGCGAAGUCCGCUGGACCACUUGCCGCCUCCUGCCAACUCUAACAAGCCGCUGACCCCCUUCAGCAUCGAGGACAUCCUCAACAAACCCUCUGUGAAACGAAGUUACACAAUUUGCGGCACGGCUCAUCUAAUUUCGUCCUCUGAGAAACACCGUCCGUCCAGCAUCCCUCUGUCCAGCCGGGCUCUCCUCACCCAAACCUCCCCGCUCUGCGCGCUAGAGGAGCUGGCAAGCAAGACCUUCAAGGGGCUGGAAGUCAGCGUUUUACAGGCUGCAGAAGGCCGGGAUGGGAUGACCCUGUUUGGACAGAGAAGCACCCCGAAGAAGCGUCGGAAGUCUCGAACGGCGUUCACCAAUCACCAAAUCUACGAGCUGGAGAAGCGCUUUCUGUAUCAGAAGUACCUGUCCCCGGCAGACCGGGAUCAGAUCGCGCAGCAGCUGGGCCUGACUAACGCGCAGGUCAUCACGUGGUUUCAGAACCGGAGGGCCAAGCUAAAACGGGACCUGGAGGAGAUGAAGGCCGACGUGGAGUCGGCUAAAGCCGUUGGACAGGUCCCCUUGGACAAGCUCGCCAAACUGGCGGACUUGGAGAAAUGCGCCAACGGCACGCUGGGCCACCCGCGAGGAGAGUCCCCCGCGCGGGGCGGCCAGCAGGAACACGAGCUCGCUCAGAAACUGCGGUCAUCGCCGCUGUCUCCGUUCUCAGACCACACAACUAGUAAAGAGUGCUCAGAGGACGAGGACGUAGAGAUUGAUGUGGAUGACUGAUGGCGCAGCGUGGUGCUGGAAGGUCGAGAAACACAGAAAAAAGACGAUAAAAAAAAUCCUCCCGAGGACUUGUAACUUACUGCUUAUAUUGUAUACCAUAUCUCAGAACAUGUACCAAAAUGUAUGACUUUUAUAUCGGCACAGAUAGACCUAUUCAUAGUGAAGCAUGAACACAGAACAAGAAAUAUGCAGUGGUAUUUUACAAUGUAUUCAUUAGCAAACUGUUACUUCUUGCAAUCAAAGCAAUAUGGUCUAAAAUGACAUGAGUAAUUUAUUAUUUUUUUACACUAUAGGCCAACACACACACACACACACACACACACACACACACACACACACUUUACACUUUAACACACACACUCACACACACACCUGUUCCAUCGCUUUUCCUAUAAGGCCUACCCUCACACACCACUAUGAAAGUGCUCCAGUUUUUUUCAUAUUUUUUGCAUGUAAAUGCAUGAUUUGAUUUGUGAUCAUUAUCUAUUUAUUUUUACUUUAUUAUUAUAAUUUUUUUUAUUAUUAUUAUUUAAUUGUUUCUGUCAGCCAAAUCGCCAUUGAGUUACUUUGUCACUGCCGGCUCUUCUUCUUCCUCUCCUCCUCCUCUUCCUCCUCCUCCUCAUCUGACUGUGUGACCCUUGACUUCAGUUCAUAUUUGGCGUCCCGUACUGCAGUGCAUGAUGAUGAUGAUGAUGAUGAUGAUGGUGGUGGUGGUGGUGGUGGUGGUGGUGAUGAUGCUGAUCGGAAAGGCAAACUUGGACACUCACAGUUGUGCGUUUUUAUGGGAAUGCUCAAGCGAUGGCGACAAACAGAAAUGAAUAUUGCGGUGAUUUUGACGAGCUAUAUGCUACUUUUUAGAUUUAUUGUUUGGAUACAAUAGAUUUACAGUUAUAAAUUUGUUAUGUUUUGUACACCUGUAAGUGCCUUUCUAAAAUCAGGACAUUAUUUGAAAAACCAAUGCACAGACUGUAAUGUAUAUAGGCUACUAUGGGAAUAAAAUGGCUUUUCUGAAUAUAUCUUUUAUGUUGUAAUUCUUGAAUUAAUAUCGAGGCUUUUUUUUUUAUUAUGGA